GGGGGCCGCGGAGGGAAUUAAUUCAUGGUUUGUGUUCCGAGGGCCACCGCCCAGUAUACAGUACAGCAAAACCCAGUCUCUUCAUGUUCUCCCACUGGAUGGCGGUGCAUUCCUGAGCGAAGGAACGAACGGCAAAUUAACUUCGCGUUUAUUGGGAAACCAGAGGAAGGAGGUGCAGAGAGAAAGAGAGAGAGAAAGAGAGAGAAAGGAGGUUAUUUCUCCUCCUUUUGAAGCAGAAAUAAAGAAGAGGGAGAGAGAGAGAGAGAGAGAAAUCCUACACACAUUCCUUCCUGGAAGCUGUGUGGCUUAUUGGAUGCUUGUCGGUUUCAGUGGGGACUUUGCUCUGUUCAGCAGCUGAUGGUAUAUUUUAGGGGAACUUCUGCAAUUUCGAAAGAGCCACACAAGAGUCGAGAAAUAAGAAACUUGCACAGAGGAAACCAGACCAGGAAUCCAAAAGACAUGGCUUCACAAGUGUCACUGGUGCUCCUGUUUUGCACAAUCCCAGCUUUUAACUCUGCAAACCUCCAGCCUUACAUGCCCAAUGUUUGUGCCGAGAAGGAGAUGAUGAUGGUUGGGCACAGGCAGCCAUGUAUCCAGGCCUUCACUCGGAUGGUCAAAGUGUGGAAACAAGGCUGUCGAGGUCAGAUGUCAUGCAUAGGGUAUGAAAGAAGAACCGCCUAUUACACUGCCCAUAGGCAAGUCUACAGCAUGGAACUUCAGAUGGUAUCCAAAUGUUGCUCCGGGUGGAUGCAGCUCAACAAUGAACCUGGAUGCUUGUACCCUGUCUGCAGUUAUGGAGUUUGCUUCAACGGCGGAAAGUGUGCCGAGGGGGGGUCGGAGCUGUGCCACUGCCCCGAGGGCUUCCAGGGGCCUCGCUGCCAAUAUGAUGUGAACGAGUGUGAGGAGAGCAAUGGCGGGUGCCAGGGGAUUUGCUGUAACACGAUCGGCAGCUUCUACUGCAAGUGUCUGAGUGGUCAGAAGCUGAGUGCUGACGGGACUUGCAAAGAUGUGGACGAGUGUCUGGAUCACAAUGGAGGGUGCCAGCAGACGUGCAUCAAUACGGAAAGAUCGCAUUACUGCGAGUGUGACCCGGGUUACCGCCUUCAUACUGACGGGCGCACCUGUAUCACCGUCAACUCAUGUAAGGUCAGCAACGGAGGCUGUGAGCACGACUGCGUCCAGCUCUCGACGGCACAUUACCAGUGCCGGUGUCGGCAGAACUACCAUCUCAAACAGGACGGAAAACACUGCGAGCUCAAGGAUCCGUGCGCGGACAGGAACGGAGGCUGCGCUCACAAGUGCCACAACAGCCAAGGUGUCGCCCGGUGCCAGUGUCGACCUGGUUACUUGUUGGCCGUCGACGGCAAAGGAUGUGAAGACGUCGACGAGUGUGGCGUGGGGCUGGCCGGAUGCUCGCACGGGUGUCAGAAUGCCCGGGGCUCGUUCGUCUGCGUGUGCAACCAGGGCUACGAGCUGGGAGCAGACGGGCGUCAAUGUUACAGGAUCGAGAUGGAGAUCGUCAACAGCUGCGAGAUCAACAACGGAGGCUGCUCUCACCACUGCCGGCACAGCAGUGGGGGGCCCCUCUGCAGCUGUAACCAAGGCUUCCACCUGGACAUGGACCAGAAGACGUGUGUGGACCUGGACGAGUGCAACGCUGGUGUGAACUGCUGUGAGCAGGACUGUUUCAAUACCCCCGGAGGCUUUGAGUGCGGCUGCUACGCGGGCUAUCGGCUCAGUCCGGAGGGCUGCAGAUGUGAAGAUGUUGACGAGUGCGAGCUGGAAACCGCUGGCUGUGAGCACGACUGCCACAACACAGACGGCUCCUACCUGUGCAUCUGCAACAUCGGCUACAAGUUGGACGAGAAUCGCAAGGACUGCGUCUCCCUGGACGACCUGGUGGAAGCUCUGAAUGGCCGUCCCGGUUUCCCGGGGUCAUUCCCCGCGGUGACCUUCUAUCACGGGGAGCAGCUGACACAACUCUUCGACGACGACCCACAGGAAGAAGACGGAGAGGCUCGCGGGGAGCACACGCUGUCAGAGACCUUCGUGUGUCUGGACAACACUUUCGGCAGCGAUUGCAGCUUAACCUGCGAUGACUGUGUGAACGGCGGAAGCUGUGGUGAAGCCCGGGAUGGGUGUGAGUGCCCGGAGGGAUGGACUGGAGUCCUGUGCAACCAGACCUGUCCGGAGGGAACGUUCGGCAAAAACUGCAGCUUCGUGUGCAAGUGCAGGAACGGAGCCACGUGCGAGGCUGUGAGCGGACGGUGUCGCUGCCCAGUGGGGGUGAGCGGGGAGAUGUGCGAGGACGGCUGCCCCAAGGGAUUGUACGGCAAGAGUUGCAACAAGAAGUGCAACUGCGCCAACAAUGGGCGAUGCCACAGGAUCUAUGGCGCUUGCCUGUGUGACCCGGGACUGUACGGGCGCUUCUGUCAUUUAUCUUGUCCGAAGUGGACGUACGGGCCGGGCUGCUCCAGCGAGUGCCGGUGUGACCAGCGAAACACGCAGGAGUGUAACCGGAGGGAUGGGGCUUGCGUGUGCAAGCCCGGUUACCGGGGCGCCACAUGCAACACAACCUGCGACCCCGGCCACUAUGGAGUCGAAUGCGGAAGCGUGUGCGGCUGCCAGGACGGAGUCCCGUGUGACCCAGUGAGCGGGGAGUGCCGGAGGCUGUGUCCCGCCGGAUACCACGGGAGGAACUGCAGCCGAGAAUGCCUCGACCAGAGGUUCGGAGUGAACUGCCAGCAGGUGUGCGACUGCGGAGGGGCCUCGUGUGAUCACGUGUCAGGCAGCUGUGUCUGCCCAGCGGGUAGAAUGGGGCUCAGCUGCGAGAAAGAUUGCCCGGAAGGCCGCUGGGGCGUGGGUUGCCAAGGGAUCUGCUCCGUCUGCGAGAACGGAGGCCGGUGCGAGAAGGAGACCGGGGUGUGCGUCUGUCGCUCCGGUUUCAUGGGGAAGCAAUGCCAGAGCGUCUGCCCCACUGGGCGCUACGGUCAGGGCUGCCAGAUGCGAUGUGCGUGCGAGAACGACGGGCAGUGUGAUGCGGAGAGCGGGCGCUGUGAGUGCCCCCCGGGCUGGACCGGCUACAACUGCAGGAGAGGCUGCGAUGCCGGGCGCUGGGGCCAGGACUGUGCCAACACGUGCGACUGCAGGAACAGUGACGGGAGCUGCCACACUGUGACGGGAGAGUGCGUGUGUGAGGCUGGCUUCACCGGUCCGCGCUGCGGCCAGAAGUGUGCGGACGGGGUGUACGGGCGAGGCUGCAGCCACCGUUGCCGAUGUGAGAACGGAGCUCUGUGUGACCACGUCAGUGGAGCGUGUAACUGCACACCGGGUUGGCUCGGCACCUUCUGCGAACGGCCAUGUCCCAAUGGAUUUUACGGGCUGGAAUGUCGGAGAGGGUGCGGCUGCCGCAAUGGUGCUCUCUGUCACCACGUGGCCGGGACCUGCUCGUGCCGGGCGGGCUGGCUCGGGCGCAGCUGCGAUCAGCCUUGCCAGGAAGGAUGGUUUGGAGAGGAGUGCGGGCAGCCGUGCAACUGCAGCAACGGCGCCACGUGUGAUCACGCGAGCGGGCAGUGCGUCUGUGCCCCCGGCUGGACAGGAGCCGCGUGUCGGAGAGCGUGCCCGACUGGCUUUUACGGGGUUAACUGCAUGCAGCGCUGCAUCUGCCAGAACGGCGGCACGUGUGACCACGCCAGUGGCGAGUGCACGUGUCCGGGAGGAUGGACGGGGCUCGCGUGUGAACUGGAGUGCAGCCCGGGGAGGUUUGGCUCAGAGUGCCGGCAAAUGUGCAGGUGUCGGAACGGGGGUGCGUGCGACCGGCAGAGCGGGCUCUGCGCUUGCCGGGCCGGUUGGACCGGCCGCCGCUGCGAAACACCUUGCGAAGACGGCACCUUCGGAGACGCUUGCGGGGAGACGUGCGACUGCGAGCACGGGGGCUCUUGCGACCGAGUGACGGGGGUCUGCCUCUGCCCCAGAGGGUGGCGAGGGAGCCGGUGCCACAGAGCCUGUUUACCCGACUACUACGGCGACGGCUGCUUGCGACGGUGCAACUGCUCUCCGGGGACCCCCUGCAAUCACGUGACGGGCGAGUGCGGCUGCCCCCCAGGCCGGGCGGGGAACGGCUGUGAGCAGAGCUGUCUGCCCGGGACCUACGGGCAGAACUGUAACCAGGUGUGCCAGUGCUCCGCUGAGAACCAGCUGUGCCACCCGGUCACGGGGGAGUGCGUCUGCGCACCCGGUUACCACGGGGACAGCUGUAACCUGAGAUGCCCGGACGGGAAGUACGGCUCGAGCUGCGCGCGGGAAUGCCGGUGCCUGAACGCAGGCCGGUGCCGGGGCUCGGACGGAACGUGCGAGUGUCCGCCGGACGUCGGAGCCACGUGUAACCAGACCUGUCCGGCCGGCCGCUACGGGAAGGACUGCGCCCUGGUGUGUUCCUGCGGCGAAGGGUCGACCUGCGAUCAUGUGUCCGGAAGGUGCAGCUGCUCUCCGGGGAGAGUUGGGUCCCAGUGCCAACACGCGUGUCCGAAAGGCAGGUACGGAGCGGGAUGUCAGAGCAAGUGCGAGUGCAGGAAUGGGGCUUUGUGCCAUCCCGCGGACGGCUCUUGCUCCUGUGGGCCGGGCUGGACCGGGCCCCUGUGCCAACAAGAAUGUCCUCCCGGGAAGUACGGGGCAGACUGCCGGGAAGAGUGUGAGUGUCAGCACAACGGAACGUGCGAUCGUGUGACCGGCUGCUGCCGGUGCCCGGAGGGUUACUACGGACCCGCCUGUCAACACGUUUGCUCCCCCGGGUGGCACGGGAUCAGGUGCCAGCAGCCGUGCGACUGUAGGAACGCAGCCACCUGCCACCCCGUGACGGGGCAGUGCCUGUGCGCCCCGGGCUACCACGGCGACCGCUGCGAGACAGUGUGUGCGCGGGGCCGCUACGGAGCGCGGUGCGAGAGGGCGUGUGACUGCGAGGGCGAAGCCCCGUGCCAGCCCGGCAACGGGACCUGUCUGUGCCCUCCCGGGAGAGGCGGCAGCAGAUGCGACGUCGAGUGCGCUGGGAGCCGCUACGGGCCGGGCUGCUCGCUGUCCUGUGAAUGUGCCCCCGGUGCCCAGUGCAGCCCCCAGAGCGGCCGCUGCCACUGUGUCAACGGGCGCCUCGGACCCACCUGCCGGGAGGGUGGACCUGGCCACUCUCAGCAGCACUUCCCGCGAGGCAACAUUCCCGCGAGUUUAUAGACUCUUUUCCCCCCCCCCCCACCCAC